AUGAUGUCCCGGCAUCACUCGGGGGCCUAUGCGAAUGGCUACCCUCGAGCCAAAACCUUUGAGAUCUCGCCGCACAGAUUCCAGCCUCGUGCCUCCACACCAGCUACGCGCCGAAGACGGAAACUGCUGAUACGCCUCGGAAUCUUUGCGACCUUGGCAAUCCUGUUCGGUUUGUUUGUGUGGCCCGGAUCAAAUACAAUUGUGUCAAUAUUCUCGCUGGGGCUCGUCAGUGCGAACAAUGAUGUCGUGAUGGAUACGGUCCGAUACUAUGAUCUCUCAAACGUGCAAGGGACUGCACGCGGGUGGGAGAGGGAAGAGCGCAUUCUACUGUGCGUGCCGCUAAGAGAUGCCGAGCCUCAUUUAGCCAUGAUGUUCUCACAUCUUCACAACUUUACGUAUCCCCACCAUCUUAUCGAUUUGGCCUUUCUUGUGUCCGAUUCCAAAGACCGAACACUUGAAGUGCUGGUAGACAGGCUGGAGGCGCUGCAGGCCGACGAAGACCCGAAGCAACCGUACGGAGAAAUCUCCAUCAUUGAAAAAGACUUUGGUCAAAAGGUCGAGCAGGAUGUCGAAAGUCGCCAUGGAUUUGCGGCCCAGGCUAGUAGGAGGAAGUUGAUGGCCCAAGCCAGAAACUGGCUGCUAAGUGCCGCUUUACGGCCUUACCAUUCUUGGGUAUACUGGCGAGAUGUCGACGUGGAAACGGCCCCGUUCACCAUUUUGGAGGAUUUGAUGCGUCAUAACAAGGAUGUCAUUGUGCCCAAUGUCUGGCGACCUUUACCUGAUUGGCUCGGCGGCGAACAACCUUACGACCUUAAUUCAUGGCAGGAGUCCGAGACAGCCCUCGCGUUGGCUGACACCCUUGAUGAGGAUGCUGUGAUUGUGGAAGGCUAUGCCGAGUAUGCUACUUGGCGCCCCCACCUGGCCUAUCUUCGGGACCCUUACGGCGACCCGGACAUGGAAAUGGAGAUUGACGGUGUUGGCGGUGUGAGUAUCCUUGCGAAGGCAAAGGUGUUUAGAUCUGGCGUUCAUUUUCCCGCCUUCAGCUUUGAAAAGCAUGCAGAGACUGAAGGAUUUGGAAAGAUGGCAAAGCGGAUGCAAUAUUCCGUUGUUGGGCUUCCCCAUUACACGAUCUGGCAUUUGUAUGAGCCAAGUGUGGACGAUAUAAAACAUAUGGAGGAAAUGGAACAAGAACGUAAAGCAAAGGAGCAAGAAGAAAAGCAGAAAACCGAAAAGGAGAAGAAGAUCAAGGAGCAAUUUAGUGACGCUAGUAGCCAGUGGGAGAAGGACAAGACGGAGAUACAGAACCUUGCCAAACAAGAGCCGAAGAAGGAGGGCAAGCAAGACACCAAGAAAGAAGCGAAAGCUGAUGCCAAAAAGGGAUCUACCUCCGAGGACAAGAAGACCACGGGAGAAGGCGCCGAGGACGAUUCGAACACAGAGUCGAAAUCGAAAUCCAAGGACGAUUCAGACAAGGUGUCUGAAAAACCGGCCAAAGACCAGGCAAAGAAGGUGGAAAGUUGA